AUGGCGGCCGACAUUGGUCACAUCGCCCAGCUGCUUGAUGCAACCCUCGAUCCGUCUCAGCACCGCAAAGCCGAGACGGCUCUCAAGCAGGAGGCUACCAAGCCCCAAUACUCUCUCAGCCUCCUCAACAUUGUCAACUCCGACUCUAUACCCUCCAAGACGCGACUCGCCGCCGCCCUCGCCUUCAAGAACUUCAUUCGAACAAAUUAUGUGGACGAGGAGGGCAACUACAAGCUGCCUCAAGAUGAGGUUCAGAUCAUCAAGGAGCGCCUGAUCGGCCUCAUGAUCUCAUCACCUGCCAACAUCCAGGCCCAGCUUGGUGACGCUAUUAGCGUUAUCGCAGACUCUGACUUCUGGAGGCGAUGGGAUACCCUUACUCAGGAACUUGUCAGCCGGUUCUCUGCCACAGACCCCAAGGUCAAUGUUGGCGUUCUCGAAGUCGCACACUCCAUCUUUGUCCGAUGGCGCCCUUUGUUCCGUACCGACGAGCUUUACAUGGAGAUCAACCACGUCAUCAGUACAUUUGGACAGGCCUUUGUUCAGCUUCUAGUGACAAUCGACAAGAAGAUCACCGAGAACAGCGACAAGAAGGAUGUUCUACAGGGCUGGUUUGAGGCUCUCGACCUGCAGAUCAAGAUUCUCUACGAUAUGUCCUGCCACGAUCUGCCUCCCAUCUUCGAGGAGAACCUCGCCAGCAUUUCCGAGCUGCUGCACAAGUACCUCACAUACUCCAACCCACUCUUGGAGACCGACGACGAAACCGAGACGAGCAUAGCAGACACCGUCAAGGCCGACAUCUGCGAGGUCCUCGAGCUUUACACUGUCAAGUUCGAUGAGGACUUCUCCAAGUACUGCCAGCCCUUUAUUGAGAAGGCCUGGAACCUCCUUUCGUCGACUGGUACCGAGACGAAGCACGACAUUGUUGUCAGCAAGGCUCUGCACUUUUUGACCGCUGUCGCCUCCACAAAGGAGCAUUCCGGAAUCUUCAAUAACGAGGAUGUCUUGACUCAGAUUGUCGAAAAGGUUAUCCUGCCCAACGUGGCGCUGCGCGAGUCUGACAUCGAGCUUUUUGAGGAUGAGCCCAUCGAGUUUAUUCGGAGGGAUCUCGAGGGUUCGGACACGGAUUCGAGACGACGAUCUGCUACCGACUUCCUGCGGAAGCUUCAGGAGCGCUUCGAGGCCCCCGUCACCACGGUGGUGUCCAAGUAUAUCAACCACUAUCUUGCCCAGGGCAAGUCUGACUGGAAAGCCAAGGACACUGCCAUCUACCUCUUCCUGUCCGUCGCAGCCAAGGGCGCCGUCACCGCCGCUCAAGGUGUCAAGACCGUCAACCCUCUUGUCAACGUGGUCGAGUUCUUUGAGCAGCACAUUGCCCAGGAUCUCAUCAACUCUGAGGGAGUUGAGCCCAUCUCAAAGGUGGACGCCAUCAAGUACCUCUACACUUUCCGCAGCCAGCUAUCCAAGGAGCAGUGGACAGUUGCUCUGGGCCCUCUGAUCCAGAACCUGAACUCGGACAACUACGUUGUCUACUCCUACGCUGCCAUUGCCGUCGAGCGUGUUCUGUUCCUUGCCGACGACGCUGGUAACGCCAUGUUCCCUCGCGCCGACAUUGAGCCCUUUGCCAAGGACCUCCUCGGCCAUCUGUUCAAGCUCAUUGAGAAGGAGUCGAGCCCUGCCAAGCUGCAGGAGAACGAGUUCCUGAUGCGAUGCGUCAUGAGAAUCCUGAUUGUCAUCAAGGAUGGCGCUGUCCCCUUGCUGGAGAAUGUGCUCACUCACCUCAUUCUCAUCACCAAUGUCAUGAAGCAGAACCCUAGUAACCCUCGCUUCUACUACUACCACUUCGAGGCUAUCGGCGCUCUUGUCCGAUACUGCGCAGCCACCAAUGCCGCUCUCUUCAACGAGAAGCUGUGGGGACCCUUCCACCAGAUUCUGGUUGAGGAUGUCACGGAAUUCAUGCAAUACGUCUUCCAGGUUCUGGCCCAGUUGCUCGAGUCGAGCCCGUCUGAGACCAUCUCGGACAACUACAAGGCUCUUCUUGGCCCCCUGCUCAACCCUACCUUGUGGGAGACACGAGGCAAUGUUCCCGCAUGCACUCGUCUGCUGUCUGCCGUUAUCCCUCGCGCCUCUCAAGCCAUCAUUGCUGAGAACCAGCUUGAGCCCGUCCUGGGCAUUUUCCAGAAGCUUCUGAGCGGUAAGAAGUCGGAGCUGCUCGCUUUUGAUAUCCUCGACUCCAUCGUCAAGACCUUUGAGCCCUCUGUUCUGGACCAGUACUUUGGCACCAUUCUCCGCCUGGUUUACACCAAGCUUCAAGGAAACCCGGCGGACUCUUUCAAGUUGCGCUUCGUGCGAUUCUACCACCUUGUCGCUGCCCGUCUGGAAGUGGGCUACGGCACUGAUUACUUCAUCAAGCAGUCCGACUCGGUCGAGGAGGGUGUCUUCACCAAGGUCUACCCGGUUUUUGUGCUGGCUGAGACGCAGAAGCUCGCUCGCCCUGUCGACCGCAAGGUUGCUGUUGUGUCCCUGACCAAGACCCUGUGCGACUCUCAGGCAUUCGCGCAGAAGUUCAUGAAGGGCUGGGCCAACACCUGCCGUAUUCUCCUCACGCUCCUCGCCAACCCUCCCACCGUGGCUGCUGGUACGGGUGACGAGAUUGUCGCUGAGGCCGACGUGGAUGACAUUGGCUUUGGCAUGUCGUUCACAGCGCUCAACACUUGCAAGGCCCUCGUCCGCGAUGACUUCCCAGAGGUUCAGGACGUCGCCAAGUGGGUGCAUGAGUACAUGAUCGCCGCGAACCAGCGACAUGGUGGUGCUGUCGAAGGAUUCAUCGGCCAGCGACUGGGCCCCGAAGAGCAGGCUGCCAUUGCCCAGUACAUCCGAUAA